ACGUCUCAGGCUCCCCAAAACGGGAUUCCCACACCUGCCAGCAGCUCUGGAAUCCCCAGGGAGGGUCCAGCACCACCAUCCCCUAACCAAGAUGAUAACGCCCCCUUUAUCAGCCCCACAAGAUCCUCCUGCACACAGCUGGUUAAGGUCUGACUCCUCUGCAAUCUGCCUGGAAUUUCAGCCCGCAUCUUUCCGCAGGGAGUCCAAACAAACUCACCUGGCUCUGGAGAAGCUGCUGGGCAAAGUGCCAGAGCCCUCUCUGGCCUCAUAAAGCCAAGCUGCUCAGGAAAACCAAACUCCUUUUCGUGACCUUGGAGUGCUUCCAGCGUUAUCUGUCUCGCCAGGAAGGGAGACACAGGGAAAAAGGGGGGGAAAAGGGCCCUGUCCUGCUUCUCCUCCCCAGUGUGACCCCUGAGAGCCACCCCCGAGCCUGGUGACGAGUGGGACAGUGGCUGUGGUGACAAAGGGAUCAGCACACACGGGCAGGUCUCCCGUGGAGACCUCUCUUCCAGCAGGAUGUCCCCAGAGAUCCUUUGUUUGUUUUUUCACUGGGCUGGGCAGGGAAGAGCUUCCCUUUCUUCCUGAGUCCCAUCUGCCCUUCCUCGUGCUGCCUGUCACCUGCUCUGGGGCCAGCCCGGUCCCACAGGGCCCCUUUGGGACAGGGAUCAGCUCAGGGAGGAAACGGGAAUGAGGAAUGGGGCGGGGGAGAGAACAAAACUGAUCCCUAGGCUUUAGCUUUUAUAUUUUCAGAUUCUGUGCUGCUUCAGUGGGUGAGUCUGGGCUUCAUAUUAGGGGAUGGUGAGCUCUGUUCACAGAGCAGGGAGACAAAACAAUUCCUGCUCCAGCUGGGGACCAAGGACAGAGGAUCCAGAUCUCAAGAGCACAAACAACGUGGGCUGGAGAGAGAAAAACAAGCAGGAUGGGAUUUCAUAACCUAAAGCUGUCAUUGGACAAUUAACUCCAAUAUGCAAGUGGAGCAGAACUUACCAAAGUGAGACACCUUGUGACAAGCUGUCCGUUUUGGGACCAUUUGGGUUCACCUGGGUGCAGCCCUGGCUGGGCUCUGGUGCUGCCCAAGGUGGAUCCAUUGAGGAGAUCCUUUUCAUAAAUCCCUGCUUUAUUCUUUAGCUCUGUCCAGCCUCUGCUCUAGGUCAGCCUUCCCAAGGCAUUAAAACAGCUGGGAACUCAUCUGAGCAGACAGCAGCUGGCAGGAGCUGGGGUGAUUAAAUGAUGUGUAACUGAGAAUCCUCCGGGGUCAGAGUGCUUAGGGCAGCCAGAAAAACCCCACAGAGGGAUCCCUCCCUGGCAACAGCACACAGGUCCUGCAGCAGGGAGGGAAACACUCAGGAACAGCACACAGGUCCUGCAGCACACAGGGAAACACUCAGGAACAGCACACAGGUCCUGCAGCACACAGGGAAACACUCAGGAACAGCACACAGGUCCUGCAGCACACAGGGAAAUGUUCAGGAACAGCACACAGGUCCUGGAGCACACAGGGAAAUGUUCAGGAACAGCACACAGGUCCUGCAGCACACAGGGAAAUGUUCAGCAACAGCACACAGGUCCUGCAGCACACAGGGAAAUGUUCAGGAAUAGCACACAGGUCCUGCAGCACACAGGGAAACACUCAGGAACAGCACACAGGGAAAUGUUCAGGAACAGCACACAGGUCCUGCAGCACACAGGGAAAUGUUCAGGAAUAGCACACAGGUCCUGCAGCACACAGGGAAAUGUUCAGGAACAGCACACAGGUCCUGCAGCACACAGGGAAACACUCAGGAACAGCACACAGGUCCUGCAGCACACAGGGAAAUGUUCAGGAACAGCACACAGGUCCUGCAGUACACAGGGAAAUGUUCAGGAACAGCACACAGGUCCUGCAGCACACAGGGAAAUGUUCAGGAACAGCACACAGGUCCUAGAGCACACAGGGAAACACUCAGGAACAGCACACAGGUCCUGGAGCACACAGGGAAACACUCAGGAACAGCACACAGGUCCUGCAGCACACAGGGAAAUGUUCAGGAACAGCACACAGGUCCUGCAGCACACAGGGAAAUGUUCAGGAACAGCACACAGGUCCUGGAGCACACAGGGAAACACUCAGGAACAGCACACAGGGAAAUGUUCAGGAACAGCACACAGGUCCUGCAGCACACAGGGAAAUGUUCAGGAACAGCACACAGGUCCUGCAGCACACAGGGAAAUGUUCAGGAACAGCACACAGGUCCUGCAGCACACAGGGAAAUGUUCAGGAAUAGCACACAGGUCCUGCAGCACACAGGGAAAUGUUCAGGAACAGCACACAGGUCCUGCAGCACACAGGGAAAUGUUCAGGAACAGCACACAGGUCCUGCAGCACACAGGGAAAUGUUCAGGAACAGCACACAGGUCCUGCAGCACACAGGGAAACACUCAGGAACAGCACACAGGUCCUGCAGCACACAGGGAAAUGUUCAGGAAUAGCACACAGGUCCUGCAGCACACAGGGAAAUGUUCAGGAAUAGCACACAGAAUUCACAGAAUUUCACCAAAUUCACAGAAUGACCAGGAUGGAAGAGACCUUCAAGGUCAUCGAGUCCAACCCAGCCCCAACACCCCAACUGAACCCUGGCACCCAGUGCCACAUCCAGGCUUUGUUAAACACACCCAGGGAUGGGGACUCCACCACCUCCAUGGGCAGCCAUCCCAGAACUUUCAUCCAGCAGCACACAGGGAAACGCUGGGACCUGCCGGGCUGGCUCCUCCUGCCCCAGUGACAUCAGGGGACAAUGACCUGCCUGGCUGUCCUGUCCCUGUCACCUCCUCAUGCCCCAGGGGCCACAGGCACCCCAAAAGGAACCCACUCCUCCUGCUCCAGUGACAUCAGGGGACAAUGACCUUGCUGGCUACCCCACUCCCUUGGGUGUCCUUGUCACCUUCUCCUGCCCCAGUGACAUCAGGGAACCACAUCCUUGCUGGCUGCCCUGUCCUUGUCACCUCCUCCUGCCCCAGUGCACCCCAAAAGGAACCCUGAAAGCUUUACUGGGCCCCAGGACGUGCCCCAGUCCCACAGCUCCUCCUGUCCAGCUGCUGGACAGCCUUGGCACCUGGGGCCACCCCCAGGGGUGACACAGAGGCCACAGAUUGACCAGUUUAAGGAAAAACCUCGUGUGGGGUCUGUUCCCAACACCCAGCUCUGAAAGUGCCCCAACCUCUGACAGCCAGAUGCUGGAAAAUCUCCUAGAAAUGGGUUUUUCUCUGCUCACUCUGCUCCAAAGUUUUGCUCCAGUCUCUGUUCUUGGCCCUUGCAGGAAAAAAAGGAACUCUGGAUCCCCUCUGAUGCUUUUAUGGCUCCUGGAGUGGAACCCCACAGCUCCAACUCAACACCUGAAUUAAUUCACCCCUGCUGAACCAGCAGACACUGCUCUUAAAUCAGCAUUUAUUUCAGAGCUAGAGGGGGGGGAAAAACCCUCUCAAAGGGAUUUUGGGACACGUUUAUGAA